ACUUGGAAAGGAAUAAUUGUGGAAAAGAAGGAAAAUAAAAAAUAAAAAAAAAAAUCAAGCAACUAUUCUCUCUUUCUCGCUCCAAUCCACGUACCUUCGCUGCACCUUCUACUCUCCACUUUUUUGUCGUCUUUCUUCUCUUUUUCGUACCCUAUCGCGAGUCCCCUCUCUCUUUCUUCCAUUUGAUGACUUCUUAGGUUCAGUUCGUUUCUUUCAAAGCCAACAAAAUCAAGAAAUCAUGGCAUCCCCGAUUGAAGAAGAGGGAGAGAGGGACAUAGAGAAGGGAUUGAUGACUCCGCAACAAAGCCAAAACCCUCUUGCAGAACCUUCUCCAACGCCAUCACCAUCCUCAACAUCAUCAGCUCCAGCCCUAGUUUUAUCCAACUCUGGAAAAAGGAUUGAUCAAGCAGGGAAAAAGAAGUAUGUAAAACAAGUGACUGGGCGCCAUAAUGACACUGAGCUUCAUUUGGCAGCUCAGCAUGGUGACCUGGCUGCUUUGAAGCAGAUUCUUAAUGAUAUUGAUUCACAGUUGGUCGGGACAUUGAGUGGGGAAGAUUUUGAUGCAGAGGUUGCAGAGAUCCGGGCAUCAGUGGUGAAUGAGGUGAAUGAGUUGGGAGAGACAGCUUUGUUUACUGCUGCAGAUAAAGGACACCUUGAGGUUGUAAAGGAAUUGUUAAAGUAUUCCAGUAAAGAGUGCAUUACGAGGAAGAAUAGAUCAGGCUUCGAUCCUUUGCAUAUUGCUGCUAUGCAAGGACACCAUGCCAUUGUCCAAGUGUUAUUAGAUCAUGACCCAAGCCUAAGCCAUACAUACGGGCCAUCACAUGCAACCCCUCUUGUAUCUGCAGCCACAAGAGGACAUACUGCAGUAGUAAUUGAAUUGCUGUCGAAGGAUGGUAGCUUGUUGGAGAUUUCUAGAUCCAACGGGAAAAAUGCAUUGCAUUUAGCUGCCCGACAGGGUCAUGUAGAUGUUGUAAAAGCAUUGCUUAGCAAGGAUCCACAAUUGGCACGGAGGACUGACAAGAAGGGGCAGACUGCAUUGCAUAUGGCUGUAAAAGGGCAAAGCUGUGAGGUGGUAAAAUUGCUUCUCGAUGCAGAUGCUGCUAUCGUGAUGCUUCCAGACAAAUUUGGUAACACAGCAUUACAUGUGGCAACUAGGAAGAAGCGGGUGGAGAUAGUUAAUGAGUUGUUAUUACUUCCCGAUACCAACGUCAAUGCACUGACAAGGGACCAUAAGACAGCCCUUGACAUUGCUGAAGAGCUUACCCUGUCAGAAGAAUCAUCUGAGAUUAAAGAAUGCCUUUGUCGCUACGGUGCUGUUAGAGCUAAUGAACUCAACCAACCAAGAGAUGAGUUAAGGAAAACUGUAACUCAAAUUAAGAAAGAUGUUCACACCCAGCUUGAACAAACCAGGAAGACCAACAAGAAUGUUCAUAACAUUUCUAAAGAGCUGAGAAAACUACACCGUGAAGGUAUCAACAAUGCUACCAACUCAGUGACAGUGGUGGCUGUACUUUUUGCUACAGUUGCUUUUGCAGCUAUCUUCACUGUACCUGGUGGGGAUAAAAAUAGUGGGAUGGCAGUGGUGGUGAGCCAUGCUUCUUUCAAAAUUUUCUUCAUCUUUAAUGCUAUUGCUCUCUUUACUUCAUUGGCUGUUGUGGUGGUUCAAAUAACACUUGUUAGAGGUGAGACAAAAGCAGAGAGACGCGUAGUGGUGGUGAUCAACAAAUUAAUGUGGUUGGCUUCUGUGUGCACGUCAGUUGCAUUUAUAGCCUCAUCUUAUAUAGUGGUUGGCCGGAAACAUGAGUGGGCUGCUGUUUUGGUUACAGUUGUAGGGGGAGUUAUAAUGGCUGGUGUUCUUGGCACGAUGACUUACUAUGUGGUGAAAUCCAAAAGGAUUCGAUCAAUGAGGAAGAAGGACAAGCAUGCACGAAGGAGUGGAUCCACCUCAUGGCAGCACUCGGACUUCUCCAACUCAGAAGUUGAUAGAAUUUUCGCCCUUUAAUGUGUGAAGAUUAAAACUUUUGGCUAAUCUUAUGAUUGUAGAGCAAAACAAUGAAUGAAACUGUUGUAGUUAAAUAUAAAAAUGGUGUCUCCUAAUAUUUCUUUGAUGUUAAAUAUUGAAGCAAACAAAGCUACUUUGGUUAUAAAAUAUAAAGAUGGUGUUUCCUAAUA